AUGACCAUACAUGGCGCCACAAUCCCGUCGUCCACCGCGGACUUUGUCAGAAACGAGGUUCCGCAGACAAUCUUCCGAGCCCAAAUCCACAGAAACGAGCAAGAAGUGACGGCCGAAGUUAAUGACUAUUUCCUAGAACACUGGCCGUUUGAGAAUGAAAAAGCAAGGAUGAAGUUCAUUGCUGUGGGAUUUUCGCGUGUGACAUGCUACUACUUUCCGCUAGCAUUGGACGAUAGGAUAGCUCUUGCCUGUCGCUUGAUCACCCUGCUGUUCCUUAUCGAUGACCAGCUCGAGUUCAUGUCAUUAGAAGAAGGGUCCGCGUACAACGAACGUCUGAUCGCCAUUUCACAAGGAACAACGCGACCAGACCAUAGUGUUCCUGUGGAAUGGAUUACAUAUGACUUGUGGAACGACAUGCGCGCCUGCGAUACUGAGCUAGCGGAUGAUAUGAAAGAGCCGGUCUUCACAUUCAUGAGAGCGCAGGUUGACACGAAGCGCCUAUGUGUAAAAGCCUUAGGAGAAUAUCUGGAAUAUAGAGAGAGAGACGUGGGUCAAGGGUUGCUCUCUGGUCUGAUUCGAUUCACAAUGAGAUUGAGACUUGACCAACAAGAUUUGGAUUCCAUCAAGGAAAUAGAAACAAACUGCUCAAAACACAUCUCCGUUGUGAACGAUAUCUAUAGUUGGGACAAGGAGCUGAAAGCAUCCAAAGUCGGGCAUAAAGAAGGUGCUGUGCUCUGCUCCGCCGUUUCUGUGCUGUCAGCAGAGAUGGCGCUGAGCAUACCGUCAACGAAGAGAAUCCUGUGGGUCAUGUGCCGGGAAUGGGAAUUGCAACACAAGCAACUUGUUGUGAACAGGCUGGCCUCUGGCCAAUCUUGUAGCUAUGACUUGCAGAUGUUUAUGAAGGGUCUAGAAUUCCAAAUGAGUGGAAAUGAAGUGUGGAGCUCGACGACUUCGAGGUACCAUCGUGUACAGAUGUAG